AUGGAUUCCGCCCGCAAGCGCAAAGCCUCCAACGCGACGCCCAACAGCACCGAAGGGAGCGCUUCGGGCUCCAAGCGCAUCAAGCUGCUGGUACGUGUCUAUUUCCACCUGUGGAUGUUUUCCGUAAGAGCUCGGUGGAAGGAUCGGGGUGAAGGGCGCCUGGCGAUUGCGCAUGGAUACGGGCGGGUGGUGGUGUUGGCGGAGCGGAUGUUGUUGUUGUUGGUGGGUGGACGGGUGCAGGAGGAAGGCCGAACAGAGCUACGCGACGGGUUGAGUGUCGAGCAUGGGCGGCGGCGGCACCUUCAAGUUUCGUCAUCCACCACUCGGCACUGCACCAGCACCACUGCACUACUCGCCCAAGAGCACCGGGCAACGUUGUAUGGUUGGUAAUGGGCAAAUUGGGCUGACCGCAUGCGCUGCACCAACAGAACUCCAGCGCACCACCGCAGACACAGACACAGUCAAAGUCCCAGUCACAGUCACAGGCACAGGGCGCCGGCAGCGACAACUUGACGGCAGUGCAGAAGGUCGGCUUCAAGCUGCUCAAUCAACUCAACAAUGGCACCGACAAGACGUACGUACACACCAUCUAGCCCACUCCGUCUCGCCUUACGCGCUGACUGAGCGACCCAGCGGCCGCUCCAUCACCGAUGCCUUCCAAGAACUGCCAUCGCGGGACGAGCUUCCCUCCUACUACGAGCAGAUCAAGAUGCCUCUGGCCUUGGACAUCAUCGAGGAGAAGCUCAAGAAGAAUGUCUACCCGACCAUUACCACCCUGGAAAGUGACUUCAAACGCAUGAUCCAGAACGCAAAGGACUUCAACAUGCCCAAGAGUGAGGUGUAUGAGGAUGCCGAGCGCAUCAGAAAGCUCGUCUACAACUUCAUGAAGGUGCACAACCCGCAGUACCAACUGGACCCGACCUACUCUUCCUUCCCAACACCAAUUCCGACCACAACGCCCAGACUGACCCUGACGAAUGGGGCCGCACGGGAGCAUGAGGCGGUCAAGCCGGAGCCCAAGAGCAGAGAAGCAAGCACCAAACCAAGACCAUCUACUGCACCCAAGAAUUCCGAGCCGCCUUCUGACAGAAAGUCGUCGGUCGCGCCAAGUGCAGCCACCGGAGAUGUUGGCGACGGUGAAGACAUGGACUUUACUGGCAAAUCUUUCCAGAAAGCGCAGAUGAUGAUCAUUGAUGAGCUGAUGGGAUACACCGAUGAUGAGUGAGUUUCCCGCUCUUCUGCAACAUCGAAGCAACGGCACUAACUUGCUCAGCAGGGGACUUCAAAUCUUCACACCCUUCGUCAAUUUGCCAAGCCGCAAAUUGGAGGACUACUACAGGACCAUCAAGCAUCCUAUGUGUCUCAAGGGCGUGCAGAAGAAGAUUCGGGGCCAACAUGGCCGAGACCCACCGACCGGUGUCAACACAUUCAAGACGUGGCAAGAGUUCGAGAACGCGGUUAGCUUCAUAUGGCGCAACGCCAGAGAAUACAACCAGGACGGAAGCGAAAUGUACGAGCUGGCUGGUGAUCUUGAGGUACGUGCUUUAUUGACGGGUCGGUUUGCAUUAUCUGACCGAUGCUAGAACAUAUUCAAAUCACGCCUCGCAGAAGCCAAAGAGAAGGUGGAAGAGCCGGCCAAACCCAGUAUCAAGAUUGGGGGCCCAAAGCAGGCCACCAAGUCUGGUAUUACCUUGAAUCUCAAUCAACAUCGCAAUUCCCCAACGCCGGGGGUCAGCGUGGACAUCGAAGCUUUGGCUCGGCAGCGACAGAUGGUUCAAGCGGGCGUGAACGGCCAGCAACAGCAACAUCGAGCCACUCCGCCUAAUAUGAAUGGAGCCUCAAUACCCUUGUCAGCAAUGCCAGGGACCGAUUCAAUGAGGCCUCCUAGCAGUGCUCAUGCUGGUAGCCCGGCUGCAGCUGGCGUCAAGUUCGAGAAGUCGACACUGUCUCCGGCGCCAGCCAGCCAUCAGCUGUACACCAACGGCAUGAUGCCGCCUCCGAUGCUUCGACCCACGAGCGGAAGCCCUUUUCCUACUACGAACGGCAUGAACAUGAGCAGCUACCACUACACAGCGCCGGGCUUGCUGCCACCUACUCAGAUCCGCGAUUAUCCCGCCUCGCAAGCAUUGCUACCUGUCGUCACCAUUUCUACCCAUCCGCAACUGGAUAAUGUGCAGAAACCGUACAGCCUUGCGAUCCCACCUCACCCAACGCUGUCACAUCAAAGCACGACCAUCACAUUACCUCCUGCGCAUCUCUAUCUUCAGAUCGCGCCUACGAUUUCGCGCGAGCUUUCCAUGGGCCGCCCAUACAAGAUGUUCGUUACAUUGAACGGCACACGUCUCGCACAGCGUGACACGCAAUUUCACGCGGACUCCGGCAAGCGGACGCACGUGUAUGAGGGCAAUUUAGCCCCCGGCGUCAAUCGGCUAGAGAUCGAAGUUGCUGCUGCCAAGGCGGAUGACAGCAAGGGAUUGGACGUUGAAAAAAUCGUGGUGUAUUGCAACCUACAGAAGCAGGACUAG